AUGAAGUCUCUUUCCAAGUGGGUAACAGUCUGGGCACCAACACCUCAGCCUACUGAGGAGGCGGAUAUGCCAUCUUAUCCAUUGACGCAGCAUGGGGUUGCUUUUCAGAACACCACAAUCCGACAGACUUUGCGAGUGACAGCAGGCGGAGACUCUAUCCGGAUUCGCUUGUCGAACCUGUUUGGAUUGGAGACAUUGCACAUCUCGAGAGCUGUGAUUGCUGUUCCUCGGCCACACGACUCUUUUGGUCCUGGUGGCUCUGCGUCGAUCUUGAAGGGGACAGCGCAGCAGGCUCUUUUAGAUGGCGAACAAACGAUCUCAGUGCCUGGCGGAUCCCACGUAGUAUCAGACUGUCUCAAAUUCCCAAUCAAAGCAGGGCAGGUUCUGUCAAUCAGCAUCUUUCUCCAGAAAGGCCAUCAUUCUCAACAGAUCACCUCCCACCCUGGCAGUCGCACAGAUUCCUGGCUUUGUCAUGGCGACCAGUCGAUGGCAUCUGAGCUCUCCGGACCUGACUUACGGUCGUUGACGCAUUGGUAUUUCCUCUCUGGAGUCGAAAUAUGUCAAGAUGCUGCUCAUCACGGAACCCUUGUUCUCCUGGGCGACAGCAUAACCGACGGGCGCUGUAGCACAGAUAACGCAAACAACCGCUGGCCAGACCUUCUGUUUGACCGCAUGCAGCAGCACCCAUUCGCGCAAAAUAUCGCCAUCAUCAACCAGGCCGUGGGUGGUGGGAGGGUUCUACAAGAUGGCAAAGGACCAAGUCUUUUGAGUCGCCUAGAUCGCGACGCUGUCGCUCAGCCAGGUCGACGCUACAUCCUAGUCUUCCAUGGGGUGAACGACCUUGGCACGGCAGAUUCUGACACCGAAUCCUUGCAAGAGGUCACAAAAGCUCUCAAGAAGGCCUAUCGCCAGAUUGUCUCACGCUGCCAUGCGCACGGUUUGCAUGUCUUGGGUGCCACUAUUGGGCCAAUGGGUGGUAACGAGCCUUACGGAACCUGCGAAAUGCGUGAAUGGGCGCGCCAGGACGUGAACGAUUGGAUUCGGAAGUUUGGCGUAUUUGACGCCGUGGUAGACUUUGACUAUGUCCUGCGAUCUGCUAAAGAUGGUAGUCGUUUGAAGGAAGAGUUUGACUCUGGGGACCACUUGCACCCAAACGUUGCAGCGUUCGAAGCAAUGGCGGCUGCCUUUCCAUUGGACAUAUUUGAGCAAUUCGAAUCAUAG